UCUUUUAUUCACUGAUUCAAAAAUUUGGAACUUUAUGGUUCUGCCUGCAACUUGUAUCUGCCUGUUCCUUCUGAGUCUGGGGUUUUCGAAUGAAAAUAUGUCAAUGGGUGUACCAUUUAUAAUUGCAGAAUAUUAACGUGUAAAGUGCUUAGAAUAUUGGGGUGUCAUUAGAUUUUUGGUUAACUUGAAAAGAACAUGCUUAAUGAUAAGAAGAAGAAUGUGUUGGUUGGGAUACGAAUAGAUAUCCAAAGUAGGGGAUUUCUUAAUUGGGCGAUUGUAAAAGUUGCAGAACCUGGUGAUCGUGUUGUUGCAGUUCAUGUUUCUCGUUGUUCAGAUCAUUCUUUAGAACCUUAUUUAGAAGCAUAUGAAGGCCUAUGUUCCUUAAAGAAGGUUGAACUUAAAGGCCGGAUUUGUAAUGGAAGAUCGACGCGAGAAGUUUUGAUUCGAGAAGCAAAGAACUAUGCUGCUGCAACUCUAGUUGUUGGUGUAGGCAAGCAUGGUGCUCUUGGGGGUUGGACUGCCAUAGCUAGAUAUUGUGCAAAGCAGUUGCCAACAACUACCAAUGUUUUGGCCAUCAACAAUGGGAAAAUCAUUUUCACAAGGUCCAACAAUAAUAAACUACCAGGUAUUGAAGGAGAUCCAAGACCAAGUUUUCGUCCCAGUGAAAACCUUGGUACCAAAGAAUGGCCAUCAGAGUAUGGUGAUUCUGAUUUAGGGUUCGAGAUAUCGAGUUUUGAAGGGAUUCAGAGCUCCAAAGAUGGACCGAGAACUAGUAGUGAUGAUUCUAAGAGUGAAGCAUUUAGUGUUAUUCAUGAAGGCACAAAAGUCUCUUCAAGCUCCAAUUCUCUUUUUACAGGAGAUAGUAUGGAUUAUAAGCCUGGUUGGCCCCUUCUGCUGAGGGGUAGCUCGGCAACACCGCAAGCGAAGCUGGUGAGGAGUAUAUCAGUUGUCCAAUGGGUUAUGAACUUACCUUGUCGUUCCCUGCAUCAUAGUCCUCAAUCCUCAACCAACAACGAAAUCGAGUGGAGUGGAAAUGGAGAUAAAAAUGAUACCAGCAAUUUCUCUAUGCCAUAUGAGUUGCAAAAACGCUUGGAGACACCCCUGAGAAGAAAUUCAUCCCAUUGCCAAUGGUUCAGUUAUGAAGUUUUGAAAGCUGCAACGGCUCAGUUCUCAUCAGCGAAUCUGAUCGGAAAAGGGGGGAACAACCGCGUUUACAAAGGGAUCCUCCCAGAUGGCAACGCAGUUGCUGUUAAGAUUCUGAAGUCAUCAGAAGAUGCAUGCAAGGAUUUUGCCAAUGAAAUCGAGAUAAUCUCCUCACUGAAGCAUAAAAAUAUAAGACCUCUAGUCGGUGUCUGCUUUAAAGAUUAUGAUCUAAUAUCAGUCUAUGAAUACUCAUCUAAAGGAAGCUUAGCAGAAAUUCUGCAUGGGAAGAACAAAGAUAAACAUCCCUUGCCAUGGGAAGUGAGGUAUAACGUGGCUGUUGCCAUUGCGGAAGGCCUAAAUUACCUACAUAACGAGCAUUUUCGACCUGUUAUUCAUAGAGAUGUCAAGUCUUCAAAUAUUAUUCUUUCAGAUGAUUUCGAAGCAAAGUUAUCUGACUUUGGACUAGCAACAUGGGGACCAACUGCAUCAUCGUUUCUGACUCGAGCUGAUGUUGCUGGAACAUUCGGGUAUUUAGCUCCAGAGUACUUUAUGUAUGGCAAGCUUAGCGACAAGAUUGAUGUCUACGCUUUCGGUGUCGUUCUACUUGAAUUGUUGUCGGGAAAAAGAUCGAUAAGCUUCGGGAAUCAUGAGGGCCAGCAGAGUUUGGUCAUGUGGGCAAAGCCAAAGAUUGAGAGUGGAGAUGUGAAAGGCAUACUGGACCCUGAUUUGAAUGAAAACAUCAAUGUGGCCCAGAUUCAUAGAAUGGUGGUAGCAGCAACUCUCUGCAUCAAACGAUCAGCUCGACUCCGGCCGAAGAUGAACGAGGUACUGGAGCUCUUAAGAGGGGAAAAAGCCAUUGAAAAAUGUUCCUUGACACAAGAUGAGAACAAAGAAAACCAAGAAUAUGAUAUCGAUGAUGAUGAAGUUUAUCUAAAUGCAAGGGCGGAUUUUCAUUUAAGCCUUGCAAUGCUUGAUGUUGAGGACGAUUCGACAUCGUGUAGUAGCAUGGAGCAAAGGAGUAACAUUUCAUUGGAGGAAUAUUUAAAAGAGAGAUGGAGUCCAUCAAACUCAAAUUAG